AUGCCCAUCACACUCAAGUUGUCGCGGCCACAGCGUCCUGCUGGCACUGCGGCAGCCAGUGGCGAGGGUAGCUCCCCAUUGGCCUCUUCUGGGGGCGAGGCUGCAGCGUCUUCCCCUUCUCCCGCAUUGGCUUCACCAUCACGGCGGACAGUCUCCUUCUCUUCUCAACAACAACAACAACAACAGCAGCAACAGCAGCAGCGAUAUGAGCAUUCACCAUCCCCUGCUACGCCCUUUCGGACCGGAGCUGGAGCUGAAUGGUCUACUGCACGAGACGUGGCUUCCAGCAGUCAGCCCUCCAAGCGCGCCAGUGAGGCUGUACCAUCUACAUCGUCCUCGGCUCCUCGGCGGCCUCGAUCUCCUACGCCUCCCUCAUCAGCAUACAUGCUCGCUCUGCCGCUCAGAGGCAGCCGAUCGACCGGUACCGCUACACCUCUGGACGCGUCUGCCCUCUCCCAGACCCUAGCGCACCUCAUCACACGGUAUGCCGCCCUGGCAGGGUACGCGGCCAUCGAGCCCGCCGCUCUGGAUUACCUUCAAGAAUCGAUAGACGUCUACAUCGAGAGCGUACUGCUACAGAGUCUAGAGAGCGCCUUGCUUGGCGGGAGGACAGAUCCUUCUGUUCGGGAUGUUCUGGGUGGUCUCAGCUGGCGAGAACAGGAAGAAGAUGAGGAGAAAGAGGAAGAUGGAGAAGAUGAGGAAGGCGGCGAAAAGGAUACGAAGGAAAGCAGAGAGGGAGAUGAGCUCAAGCAACUACCUCCUCUUGCCAGCCGUUGCAGACUUCGAUGCCAGCGCUCGAUGGGCAAAGAGUACAGAGGUAGACGCCUUCCUGGGUCCAGGUAA